AAUCUAAUAAACUUCGCACCCUUACUGAAAGAAGCUGGUUCAUGGUUAGAGCAACCUUGGAUUUGAGAGAGGAAAAUGUCAGCAGAUUCACAUUGCAAUGCUUAUUAGACCCGAGUGUAAAAUUGAACAAAAAAAAGAAAAAAGCGUUAGCUGAUGUCCUCUGCACUAGUAUGUGA